CAAAACCUCAUCAUUCUUUCGUUCGAUACAGUGAAAUUCUGGGUGAAAUUGGCGGAGCUGAUCUUUCUGAAAACAAUUCAAUUUUCCUGUAAUAUACUACCUGAAUUCGCUCUCAAUUUAGUCCACAAUGGCGGACGAUCUACAGAACUACAAAUUACAACUGCAGCAGGUGGAAGCGGCUCUACUGACGGACCCGCAAAAUGGUGAACUGCUGAAGCUGAAACAGGAUCUCGAAGAGGUCAUCGAUCUGACCAAGGAUUUGAUCCGCGCCCAGCAGGAAGCCGAACAGAAGAAAAGCGCCUACGUCGAACCCGCCAGCACCCGAUACUUCGAGGGAGGUCCGUCGUCGGCCGAGAAAAAACAGUCAAAACCCACCGUCAUCUGGAAGGUCGGCGACAAAUGCUCCGCCAAAUGGAUUGAAGAUGGACAGUACUAUGACGCCACAAUUGAGUCUAUUACAGACGGAGGCGAAGUCAGUGUUGUAUUCGACGCCUACCAGAAUCGAAGCACUACGACACUGUCCGAGCUGAAGGAACAAAAGGUCAGGAACGAAGUGUUCCCGUCAAACAGUAACAAACGAAUGCGACCUAACCAGAAGGAAUAUCUCAAAAAGAAGAAGCAGAAGAAGCUGCAGCGCUUCAAGGAGCUUGAGGAGGAACGGGAAACCGAGAAGAACAAGUGGCUGCAGUUUUCGGCCAAAAGCACCAAGAAGGCGGGAGUCAAGUGUAAGAGUAUAUUCGCUUCACCGGAGAACGUCAAUGGUCGCGUGGGCAUAGGUACCUGCGGAGUGUCCGGCAAGCCGAUGACCGAGUUCACACAUGGCGAAAAGUAUCGAAAAGGCGUGUAAGAGAACGAAUGCAGGAUCAUUUCUAAGGUAAACGCUAUUAUAUAAUAAAUGUUUCUUUCGUCGUGUGCUUGGUACCAUAUUCGGUAUUCUGAGAAUCUUAGGAAAAAACGACACUCAUAUUGCCUACACAAUGAUACAAAUAAAACAUAUUCAAACA